AAGAACUUAAAGCCGGCGCAUUAACUCGUUCAAGGAGCGCUCACACGAUAAAGAGAGUGGAUUGGUCAAACCGUAAGGGUCCCGCCCACAACGCCUCAUCCACCAAUGGAUGUGCGGCCAGGGCGGGGCGGGGCGGGGCGGGGAAGGGGCGGGACGAGCCUCGCGCGGGCUCCUUAAGUAGCGGCUGCGUGGAUGCCCUAGUAGAAGAUUUUACGACGGCACCGUGGGGUGGUGCGGAGCCAGACGGGAGCGACGUCGGACGCGCCGGAUCUUCCUCACGGAACCAUGUCGAAGCAAGAAGGAGGCGCCAACGCCUCCUCAUGGGUCGUUGCUUCCCGGCGAAACUCGGCGGUGUCCCGUGCUCCGGAAAGGAGGCCGACGGAGGACCCGAAUCGAAGAGGUCAGGAGGCCGGUAGGGGCAGCAGAGGUGGCGGCUGGAGGAACCCCUCCGGCCUCCAGCAACCUGUGGCCGCUGGCCUCCGAGAACCGCCGCUUUGCUUUGGAUUGAAUAACGUGUGGAUCGGCGCUGUGAUCGGUCGUGGAGGGUCAAAAAUAAAAGACAUCCAAAUUACAACAAACACGAAAAUACAGAUAAUAAAAGGUCACUCAGAAGAAGCGGAGGUCAGAAUCUUUGGCAACAAGGUGAUGCAGGCGAAGGCCAAAACAGUGAUAGAUAAUCUUGUUAAAAAACAAGAAAAUUACAAUUCAAAACUCAGAACUGAUAUUAUUGCAUUCCAACCUUCUGUUGGAAGAGAUGUAAAGACAGAUAGUAAUGUUACAGAGAAUCAACCAUUGAUUGAUUGGGAUCAAAUUCGAGAAGAUGCUUUGAAAUGGGGGAAAAAAAAGUGGGAAGAUUUACCACCAAUUAAGAAAAACCUUUACGUGGAGUCAGAGGCAACAAGUUCAAUGUCACAAGUGCAAGUAGACAUUUGGAGGAAAGAAAAUUAUAAUAUAAUGUGUGAUGACUUGAAAGAAGGGGAGAAGCGUCGUAUACCCAAUCCUACUUGUAAAUUUGAGGAUGCUUUUCAGUGUUAUCCUGAGGUUAUGGAAAACAUUAAAAAGGCAGGCUUUCAAAAGCCAACACCAAUCCAGUCGCAGUCAUGGCCGAUAGUUUUACAAGGUGUAGAUCUUAUAGGAGUAGCCCAAACUGGAACCGGGAAAACACUGUCGUACUUAAUGCCCGGAUUUAUACACUUGGAUUCACAGCCUGUAAUUAGAGGAAAAAGGAGUGGACCUGGCAUGUUAGUCCUCACACCUACACGCGAGUUAGCACUUCAAGUGGAAGCUGAAUGUUCCAAGUAUUCAUAUAAAGUCCUCAAAAGUGUGUGUAUAUAUGGCGGUGGAGAUAGAAAUGGACAAAUACAAGAUCUGAAGAAAGGAGUAGAUAUUAUUAUUGCAACUCCUGGAAGACUGAAUGAUCUACAAAUGAAUAACUUUGUUAACCUCAGAAAUGUAACCUACUUGGUUUUAGAUGAAGCCGACAAGAUGCUAGAUAUGGGAUUUGAACCCCAGAUAAUGAAGAUUUUAUUAGAUGUGCGCCCAGACAGGCAGACUAUUAUGACAAGUGCAACAUGGCCAUAUGCUGUCCGUCGACUUGCACAGACUUACUUGAAAGAGCCAAUGAUUGUAUAUGUUGGUACUUUGGAUCUAGUGGCAGUAAGUACCGUGAAACAAAACAUAAUUGUCACCACCGAAGAAGAGAAACGCUCUCAUAUCCAAACUUUUCUAGAAAGCAUGUCUCCCAAAGACAAAGUCAUAGUGUUUGUCAGCAGAAAAGCUGUAAGUAAAACUAGUGGAUUGAUAGUGAUAUUAGAAGAAGCACUUCAGAUCACUGACUUCAUCUUUUGCUUCAGUGCUGACCACCUAUCAAGCGACCUGAUUCUGCGACAUGUAUCAGUGGAAUCCCUUCACGGUAAUAGGGAGCAGAGUGACCGAGAGAGGGCAUUAGAAAACUUUAAAACAGGUAAAGUAAGAAUAUUGAUUGCCACCGACUUAGCAUCUCGGGGUCUUGACGUCCUUGAUAUCACACACGUCUAUAAUUAUGAUUUCCCCCGGAACAUCGAAGAAUACGUGCACAGAGUAGGGCGCACUGGAAGAGCAGGGAGAACUGGGAUAUCUAUUACUCUUCUCACUAGAAAUGACUGGAGGGUUGCUGGAGAGUUAAUUAAUAUUCUGGAAAGAGCGCGACAGAGUAUCCCAGAGGAUCUUGUGGCAAUGGCCAAGAGGUACGAGGUGAAUAAACUGAAAAAAGAAAUGGAGAAAAAAUUGGGGAAACCCCAAGGAAAACCCCAGAAGUUUUAUUAUUAAUGCCCUUGUUGAAAAGUGGUACCAGCCUCCUGAGAGGAGAUCUCAAGAUAUAUGGAAGUAUGGGAAACAUGCUGGCACUAUGAAGAAAUAAGUGAUUCUUAAAAUAAUAGUGUUUAAAAAUGUAGAAUUCAGGGCGCCUGGGUGGCUCAGUUGGUUAAGCGACUGCCUUCGGCUCAGGUCAUGAUCCUGGAGUCCCGGGAUCGAGUCCCGCAUCGGGCUCCCUGCUCAGCAGGGAGUCUGCUUCUCCCUCUGACCCUCCUCCCUCUCAUGCUCUCUGUCUCUCAUUCUCUCUGUCUCAAAUAAAUAAAUAAAAUCUUUAAAAAAAAUAAAUAAAUAAAUAAAAUAAAAAUAAAUAAAAAAUGUAGAAUUCAGUAUUUUAUACUUUAAUAAAAUCAAAAGUAUUUAAACUUGAGUUAAAUUUUUUUUCAUGGAUAUUAAGGAAUGUAGCAUUUUUUCACUUUUUACUAUCCUUAUUUAAGAAUGUAAAUUUUAUCUCCUGUAAUGUUGUUAUAUUAAGGUCAGUCUUAAGAGUUGAAAGCC